GGAGCCCGAUAACAUUCACGGCCUUAAACUACAGCUGCUCCACUUGUGGCAAUUUGAAUAUAUGGAAAGGCUUCACAAUGGGAGAUCAGUUGUACGCGCCGACGAGGAGGAAGGAGGAGGGGGGGAAAAGGCUGAGUGGGAUAGAGCUUUGCACCCUUUAGACACCAGACGAGCUGCCGCCUUGCACACGAAGAUCUUACAGCAGCACCCCCAGAAGCUGAAAGCAUGACGCCGGCAUCCGCGAGCCGCGUGGUUUCCCUGGCGGCCGCCCUGAUGACGGUGCUGGCCUCCACGGGGCUGCGGGGGGUCCGGGCGGGAGUGGUGAGCGACUUCAACCACGCGGAGCGCUGCAAGGACUCGCUGUACAUGGGCACGCCGCCGAGGGGCUACCUGAGCGGCGGCUUCAAGAAGAUCUGCCAGCGGUACGAGGACAAGCCGCGCUACGCCACGGUGUACGACCCCCGCAGGCACAUCCCCAUCUACUCCGCGUACACGUUCAAGAAGUCAGACGGAGAGAAGAAGGUGGACUUCCCCUGGAUGUUCGAGCCGCAGCUGGCGUCCGAGAAGAGCAGCAGCAACAUGGAGCCUUUCCCCCAGUCCACCAGCAUGCACAUGAACUUCGAGGACACCCAGGCGGUCCUCGAAGACUACGCCGACGUCGUCCAGUACGAACGCGGCCAACUCAACCCGGACGAGCACCAGGCCGACCCCCUGGACAAAGCCUCCACCUACAGCCUGACGAACGUGGUGCCCCAGAUCAGGGAGUUCAACCUGGGACCCUGGGCCGAACACCAGGACAUCAUCCGCAAACGCCUCAACAACUACUGCCGGGGCAAGGCCCACGUGGUCACCGGCGUCACCACGUCCGGGCACACCAUCCGCCGCAACAACAUGGACCGGGUGGCGGUGCCGGAGUACAUGUGGUCGGCGUACUGCUGCACGGAGUUCGACCAGAACGCGCCGUACUUCGUGCGCUACAAGUUCCCCGUGUUCGCCGCCUACGGGCUGAACGACCGCGUCAACAACCAGAUGGUGGAGGUUCCCCUCAAGAACCUGGAGAAAUUCCUCAAGGGCAGGAUGGACGUGGACAAGAACUUCCAGAUUUUCUACAACGACUGUGUGCCGGAUAAUUAAGGGGAACAAUUUAAACGACAACUUCAAGUGUGCUUUAAAUUUAUUAGUUAAUUUCAGAAAAGUCUGGAGAUGUCGCAAUUAAAAACAUAUACCUGGAAUUUAACAGUUUGACAAAUUAUUUCCCGCGUUGUAGGAAAGAAAAGAUGAACAUUUUAUUUUGUCCCCCUCCCCAUGUUAAUUUAUUACUCAAAUCAUAAUAUUAAAUCUGUGUUUAUCCAUGUAUGGAUAACAGGGAUGUAGAAAGCCAGAUGUAUCUGCAGUCAAAUCAGUUAUUUGUCAAAGACAAAAAUAAAUUAAAAAAAGCAAAAAAUUAAUUCAACGUUUAUUACAAUUCUAAUAAAGAUCUAAUGCCUAAUUAAC